AUUUUCCAGAGAAUCAACAGUUCAGUUUAAUAUAAAUGGAUAUUACUCUGGCUUUUGCAUCUAUUGCCACAGUUAACAAGCAGAAAAACCCCAAUAGUAAGGACAAAGAUUUCAGAAAGUUGCAAUGGCCCACCAGGCACUAGAGUCUUUAAUAUUUAAACAUAAGGGCAUAUACUUCAUGAAAGACUUGGCAACUCCCGAAGUUGUAGAUUCUAUUGAACAUAUGAAGGUUCGGGACAGUGACGUAUUUCUUGUCACCUACCCAAAAUCUGGCACAAUUUGGGCACAGCAAAUUUUGAGCCUAAUAUUAAAUGAAGGCCAUCGUAAUGAAACAGAAAAUAUUGAUAAUAUAGAAAGAGCGCCAUGGAUUGAAUACAACAUUUACAACGCUGACUUUAGCAGCCGACCAUCUCCUCGUCUUUUCUCAUCUCAUCUGCCUUAUUAUCUACUGCCAAGAGAUCUGAGGUCCAGGAUUGGAAAAGUUAUAUACGUGUACCGAAACCCAAAAGAUGCCAUGGUCUCCUUUUACCACUUCUACCAAAUGUUUUCCAAAUUAAGUUAUCCAGUUGAUUUUGAAACAUUCGCAGACUUCUUUAUGUCUGGAAAAGUUAUAGGUGGCUCGUGGUUUGAUCAUGUUAGAGGCUGGUAUACACAUAAAGAAGAUUUCAAUAUUCUGUUUUUGACAUAUGAGGAAAUGAAAAAGGACCUUCGAUCGGUUGUGCUGAAAAUAUGCAAAUUUGUCGAUAUAAGACUUGAUGAGAAAGCAAUAGACAUAGUGUUGGAAAAAGCAACUUUUAACAAUAUGAAGUGCGAUCCUCAUGCUAAUUAUUCAUUUUUUCCAAAUGAUAUUCUAGACCAAAGCAGAGGAAAAUUUCUACGUAAAGGGACUAUUGGUGACUGGAAAAAUUUGAUGACCGUGGCACAAAAUGAGAAGCUGAAUCAAAUCUGCAAAGAAAAGUUGGGAGAUCUGCCAAUCAAGUUUGUCUGGGACAUCAAGGAAGAGGAGACUGCAUCCUAGAGUUCCAUUUGUCCAUAAAGUUAGAAAUGAUAGGCUUUAGAAUGUGGCAUAAACUAAUCAGAAGACUUUAUUAAGGGAAUGUGUCAAGGGGUUUUCUGCACAACCUUUUUUUCUAAUCUGUUUUUCAAAUUUUGUUAUCGCAGAUUUCUUAACCUCCUUCCGACUGCCUAACGCAGGGAUGCGUCCUGCGGGCGGCCGGGUUAUUCCUCCUAGACGCAUCGGGGCGUCAUCUCGCGAGAGGAGAGAUUUCACGUGAACGCGCGCAUGCGUGCGCGUUCACGGCAACGCUAAGCUGAGAAGUUGAUCUACAGCCUGCCAGCAGCGUUCAUUCGCUGGCAGGCUGUAGAUGCGAUUUUUUUAACCCCAAAAAGGUAUAUUAGACGCUGUUUUGAUAACAGCGUCUAAUAUACCUGCUACC